UCUUCUAUUGGGUGAGGUGGGGCUUCUCUUCUCUCCCCAAAAGAAGGAACUCUGGGUUCUCUGCGGGACACACACUUGGACACAGCAGUCCCAUCAGGCUUCCACGAUGCCGAACCCUGCCUCCUGGCCCCACCCUCUGCCUCCUUGCCUGCUGCUGGCGUUACUGCUGGGACGCACAGGAGUGGCGGCUCAGGAGCUGCAGGUGAUUCAGCCUGAGACGUCAGUGUCGGUCACAGCUGGAGAGACGGCCACUCUGCGCUGCACCACGACCUCCCUGAUCCCUGUGGGGCCCAUCAGGUGGUUCAGGGGCACAGGGCCAGGCCGGCAGUUCAUCUACGAUUUGAAGAAAAGCCACUCCCCCCGAGUAACAAAUGCUUCAGAUGUCACAAGGAGAGACAACCUGGACUUUUCCAUCCGCAUCAGUAACAUCACCCCGGCAGACGCCGGUGCCUACUACUGUGUGAAGUUCCAGAGACGAAGCCCUGGUGACGUGGAAUAUAAGUCUGGACCAGGCACUCGGCUCACUGUGAGUGCCAAACCCUCUCCUCCCGUGGUAUCAGGCCCCGCCACGAGGGCCCCACCUGAGCAGACAGUGAGCUUCACCUGCAGAUCCCAUGGCUUCUCCCCAAGAACCAUCUCCCUGAAAUGGUUCAAAAACAGGAACGAGAUCGCAGCCUCCCAGACCAGUGUGGACCCAGAGGGAGACAGCAUUUCCUACAGCGUCUCCAGCACAGCCAAGGUGGUGCUGGCCCCGGGGGAUGUUCGCUCCCAGGUCAUCUGCGAGGUGGCCCACGUCACCCUGCAGGGGGGCCCUCCUCUCCGUGGGACUGCCAACUUGUCUGAGACCAUCCGAGUUCCGCCCACCUUGGAGGUCACCCAACAGCCCAUGGCAGGGACCCAGGUGAACGUCACCUGCCAGGCGAAGCAGUUCUACCCCCGAGACCUCCAGCUGAGCUGGGUGGAGAAUGGAAACGUGUCCCGGAUAGAAACGGCGUCGACCUUCACGGAGAAUAAGGACGGGACCUUUAACAGGACGAGCUGGCUCCUGGUGAACUCAUCCGCCCACAGGUGGGAGGUGCUGUCCUGCCGGGUGGAGCACGACGGGCAGCCGGCAGUCAGCGCCAACCUCACCCUGGAGGCCUCUGCUCCCCAGAAGGACCACGACACACAUGAACACCCUGACCAGCCUUCGUUGUCUCCUUCUCUCCUGGUAGUUUUCAUCCUAGGCCCCAAAGUGCUGCUGGUGAUCGGUGUCACUGUCAUCUUUGUCCACAGGAAGCGUUAGGUCUGACUGGUACCACCCCCAGUCUCUGCUGCCUGCUUCCCUCCCUGAGGGGCCCAGCCUAGGCGAAGACCCAGCUGGAAGCUUCCACGACUCUGCUCCAAAUGGCUCUCCUCCAUGGAGACCAGCCUGCCCGCACAUUCCCAAGAUCUUCUCACAGUCCUCGAGGCCCCCAGAGCUGCAUCUUCAUACAUCACUCUGAGCAGGAAGGACCUCCCCCAACGUGGACUCCCCACCAUUUGAGAUUCUCUUUCACCGCUUAAGUACAAAUGAUUCGCCAUCAUGGUUUUAAGAAUAACAGUUAUUCUCUUUCCUCGUUCCCUAAAUGUCCUACCCCUCAAACCCCGAAGGUAGUGUUGCCUCCUGUCUCUGUGAUGGAACCAGAACUUCCAUCCUCCUGCGUCCUUCCCGACCCUUCUCUCACAGUAAAUAGACUGUGUCCAGAAGCCUCAGAGUCAUCCUUGCUUUCUCCUUCUCUUAUAUCCCAUAUUCACUUAUUCCUCCAAAAUGCUGAUGUCCAGAGGUGAGAUGAGAAAUCUUUAACAUUUGACUCUCCAGAAGGAAAAAGAAAAUGAAAGCCUGAAUUCUAGGACUUACCACUUUCUUGCUGUAGAUACUCUCAAUGUGGCCAAUUUCAAAUUACCAUCACUUCAACAAGCAGCUUGCAGGAUUCCUGCAAAGGUAACAAUGGGUUCUCAUGAGCCAGUCCAAGCCUUCUCCAGCACACCACUCAGUUGUAUGCAUAAUCGGCACGUUCUCACCCUGACCACGACUCCCGGGUCCCAGCCACCAUCUCCUCCUGCACUACUGCUGUGGUCUCUGACUGGCUUCCUAGUUUCAGGCUCAGUGAUUCUUUGGGAAAGUCAGUCAAAUCCUAUCACUCCUCUGCUUCCUCUCCCAGCAUACCUGCCUGCCUCACUCUCCUACUUCUUACCAGUCUCUGUUCAUGUCACUUCAUCAAAGGUACCUUCCAUAGAUGGCCCUGUAUAAAAUACCAAUUCCUCUCUCACCCUGGCAUUCCAUGUCCUCUUAACCUGAUUAAUUUGCUUCCUGACCACUUACAACCAUCUGACAUAACAGAACAUAGGCAGUUCUCGCUUCGCACAGAAGAGGACUAUAGAAAUGACUGCAUAAACUGCGUCAUAAAAAGUGAUCUCAGUCAUCAGUGGUAUAAAUAAUGAUUCUGAUGUGAGACACUUUUUUCAAAACUUUAGAAUCUCUCCUCCUUUCAGAUUUAAAUACAUAGACAAAAGGAAAAAACUAAUCAUAUUUAGUUUGACACAUUCGACACCUUGAGAAUUAAAGCAAUUUAUUUCUUUCUAAAAGCUUAUCAGAAGUAUUUUCAACUGUCUUCAAUUUAUUUUUAUUUAUCUCUAUUCAUAAUUUUUAGAUAAUGAAAAUAUAUCAUAUUAAAACCAUUACUAAAAAAGAAAAUUAGUAAACAUACAAGCACAAAAAAAAUCUUAUCCGAACGUUUGAACAGGGCUUGCCUUCUUCUUCUUGUCUAAUCUACAGUAUAAGAGCAUCUUUUUUAUGCCUUGGUGAAUUAUCAGAUGCCUUGCUGUAUUUGGAUCAGUUUCCAACAUUUUAUGCUCUGUACGCUCAAAAUUGUGGAAUCUUUACAAAACUUCCUUUAAUUUGAAGUAUUUGCUGCUCUGACUUCCUCUGGGACAUUUUCACCCGUUUCCUCACCACCAUUUCCCUCAUUUACGGGGUAGGUUUGCCUUCACUAAGUUCCCCUGGAUGCGUAUCUAGAAUCUUUCUAACAGUCUGCGUGUACCAUUCCCAGGGUCAGAGAUUUCUUCUCUAAUCCACUUACAUUCAGUUGGAAUGUCACCUCCAGCAUCACCACUUUUUGCGUCUCCAUUGCACUCUCGUCUUCGUCGUCAAUUCCCUUUUACAAUGAGUCAUUUUUGUAAAUUCAUAUGGAUUCAUCACUAGGAGACAGUGGGCAACUUGCCCACAUACGUUGCCGUGUGGGCCUAAGCUGAGUAACAAGAGUCACAGUGAUCAAUUACUACAGGCUUUCAAAGUACGGACGUGAUUGGUUACUAACCACGAUGAGCAUCUGUUAGUACACAGUGAUCUGUGGGCUGACGCAGAGUCAGCAGCAAAGUUAUACUUGAUGCAAUUGUGCAAAGUAACUUUCCUGUGGUAAGUGAAUUCUGAACUGCGUGUUGGGGGAUUCAUGCUAUUGAUCUAAACUGAAAUUCAUGCACCACGCAAGACGAACCCUGAUGUACGUGUUGUCUCUUCCUCAAAUAGGCUGUCAGUUCCAUGAGAAGGGACUCUGAAUCCUCACUUGCCAGAACAUGACCGCCACAUACCAGGCCAUUAAUGGUUAUUUUAAUAAAUGAAUGAAUGAGUUUCCACUAGACGUUGGAUUUCAAAUAAAAAUUAUCUAAGUCAAUCA